UGAUUUAUUCAUUAGUUGUGAAUUGAUUUCGGAUUGGCGGCGGCGUGUAAAAUGAGUUUGAACGAACCGUUGAUAGAUAGAAAAGAAGAUGUUUAUUCUAUUCUUCGAACUUAUUACGACCAGUUUUCUUCAGCUGGGGGAAAAUUACAUCUUUUACGUCCUGGAGCUUGCUUCUCCCCUCACAUUUUUGGGGCGGGCAAAAGCUUUGUAGGGAAACUUGCAAACUUAUCUCAACCUGUUAUCAACGAUGACAAUAUGGAAUGUGUGUUAGAUAGUGUCUUUGCAGAUAUAGUACAUGAGUCGGGAACGUUUAUUAUUCCGGAGAUAUUAGAUUCCGCAACCCUUCUUCGAUAUGAAUUUGUCUUUUUGAAUUAUCAACUCGGAACGAUUUUCCCAAUCGGAUUUGCAAUUACUCUAUGUGGAACAAAAACUUAUUUGAUGGACUUGGUUGCAACUUUUGGGUUUUAUUCUGAAAUUUGUGAAACUGACGGGAUUGAUUUGGGCACUAAGUUCAAGAUUGGUUGUUGUGAAUUUAUAUUGAGAGCUCAUAGCAACUAUAACUUUUUCCGUGAGGCUACUGAACUCUUUCCUUUAUCUCCGUUUAGUUAUAUUCCCGACACUUCAACAGCAAAGGGAGUCUUCUUUGAAUUUGUAUUUAUGAAGAUCUUUCGUUUUCGCUUAUUAACUUUUCUUCAUUCUAGUUCCUCGCCUAUUGUACAUUCUGCUAUUCCAGGAAUUUUCCAGGGUUCUUUUAUUGAACAGGACAACGUUUCUUAUUCUAUAGAAUCAACAAAAUCUUAUGAUAUACCCAUCUUGAGAAAUGUCUCUCGUUCAUUUUCUGAUCAUUAUAGAGAUUAUUUACAACAUUGUGGUAUUUUUGUUCCAAAGGAGGGCAAUUCGAGUGGUCCUGAUGCAUAUGUUGUAUUCCAUAAUGGACAAACACGUUAUGUUGUUGGAUUUUCAUUCAAAUUUUAUCACAAAACUGAAUUUUCGAAAACAAAUAUUGAGGAAGAAGCCAAAAAAUUUUUUAAGGGAGUUGUUUCCGUUUUGAAUGACGAAUCUUUUUCAUCUGUUCAACUUCGUUUUCAGUUUGUGGUAAUGCAAGUCGUUUUGUGACUCAACAUUUUCGGGAUCAACUU